AUGAAUUUUAUCCACUUCUACGGACACAAAAAAACGACAGAAGGCAUCCUAGACAACAUAAAAUCAAUCUCGUCCUCCCCAAAAGCUCUUUUGGAGAAUCUUUACUCGCUUAACAUAUUCAGCUCCUGCACUCCCGUCAAAAAUAAAGUGUGUCUCAGUGAAUCUCCAAAUUCUAUAAAGAUGAAGCUUUCAUCAAAGAGUAGAAAUAAUGGAACAGCCAUGUCCAAGAACAUAAUAGUAAAUUUUCCCAACGUUUUUGGCGGCGGGGAAUUCUUCAAUCUGAACUUCCAAAGCUACAAGGAUGCCACUGUUGAGAUUGGAAAGCCGUUAUUUGUAAACAACAGCAUAGCACAUACAACGAAUCACUGCAAGUAG